AUGCCUCUUGCACUGUGCCUGCCUCCAGCCAGCCUCAUGACCGCGGUCCCUGAAUUCAUCUGGCGCUAUUUUACUGACUCGAAUGCAGAUUACCGCGAGACUGCCGCCAAGUUUCAAAAAGAGUGGCACAUCAAGGAACCUCACCAAGAGUUCCCUUUCGCACCCCACGUAAAAGGCCACGCUCUGGUAUCCAUCAUCAAUCGGGGCUUACUUUAUCAUGCGCUUGAGCGCCAACACAUAGCAAAUCAGUUAUCACGAGGGGCGAAUUUAGAGCAUGAUUUGUUGGAGUUCGGUAUUUUCGGGCCCCUGGUCACAAAACCCCCAGCGCAGGUUGAGGAUGUCGGCGCUGCACUUGAACGGGCGUCGAUAACUCAGCCCGCCACGGUCACCGCGCCACCCUCCGAGGAUCUGGAGAUUAAUCGUAAACGACAUCAGCAGCAAUUACCCAAUGGAUCUCCAAUUAAGCGCCAACGGCUCAGUAACAGUUCCGAGAAUGGGCUGGAUGCAGGCGCUGACAUCACACCUAUGGAUGUUGACACACAGGAAGGUCACCAGCAGCAGCAUCAUGAGGAUAACCACGCUUAUCCGUCGCCACUGGAAGGCGAGCAGGCUACCACACCAAUGGUGCACACCGACGGCCCCGAGCAAGGGACGCAGGUAGACAAAGUCGAGGAGCUUUUGCCAGACACCACCUUCAUUCGCCUCGGAAACGACUCCCUAUCUUCUAUUGACAGCGACGACAUGGUAAACGGUAACAACGCACCCAUCCUUCUGCAGUGUGAAUGGAGCCCGAAAGACCCAACUCUGCUCGCAGCCGCAGGUACAGAUGCGCUUGCCCGAGUAUGGUCAAUUCCCCGUGGUUAUGCCCCCGACCGGAGGCUGCCCAACGGUUACGUUUCUCCAGAUGGACUGCCCCUGCUCGACCCUGAGACUCCUUCGAAUACGACGGUCACGGCACUUGCCUGGGCGACGGAUGGUCUAAACCUGGCGGUCGCAGUUGACAUGCGAUCAAAGGCUGCGAUCAAUAUCUGCUCGUCUGAUGGAAUGCUUCUUCAAACACUUACUGUAAGCGAGCCCCCAGUUGUCAAACUUGCCUGGAGCCCGCAAAGCACGUCGCUGCUAUCGAUUUCGCCCGAGAAAACCGGCGCUAUCGUCACGGUGUAUGAAUCUUCCUCAGGUGCUGCAAAGUCGUAUGUGAUUCCAGGUUACGAUACGACAGCCAACAGCCUGGAUGCAACUUGGACUAGCGAAAACGAGUUUCUUCUGGGUGGAGGUGACAUGUUUGUUUGCCUACGUGUUGGGGAAGCUUCAAUAGAUCUGGUUCGCAAGUACGAGACCAGACAAGAUGAUAGCUUCAGGCAGGUUCUGUACGAUUCAUUGACGAAAAUCACUGCAACUUCCAGCGAGAAGGGUGUGUUAGAUCUAUGGGAUGAGGCUGGGCAGCGGAAAUCAAUAACCGCGCAUCGGGGCCCUAUCACCACAAUGGCGUGGCAGCCUUUAUCACCAACCCAAGUUAGGGCCGAUGACGAGCGACUAAUUGCCACCGGAGGUGAAGACUGCGCUAUUUUGAUAUGGAACGCAAGAAGGCCAGAGAGCAAAACCAAGUGCUUCUUGACCAUGGGCUCUCCAAUCGUCCGCCUUGCAUUUACCCCGGAUGGCGCUUUUAUUGCCGGCGCCACGGCGACUCAAGUGCUGAUAUGGAAAGUCGAAAACACGGCUGUCCCACGAGCUACGUGGACACGUCCAUCGCAUGCGGGGUGGUCAAGCCCCAAAGAAAACUCAGAAUCAGAAGAAGAGGAUGAGCACUGCCUAUGUUGGGACGCGAGCGGACAGAAAUUGGCAUAUGGGUCAAAUUCCAGACUCGCUGUGAUCAACUUUAGUAGAUGA